GUCAGAGACAACAACAAGGGAAUAAAAGAACAAGGCAUUGACCAUCUUCUGAGGUAGAACUGGUGUGGAGAUCUUGAGAGGACAUUGAAUCAAGCCCCUCCUCAUCGUCACCCUCUGUCUGAUCUCAGAUGGUGGAUCCUCCAAUGAAGUAAGAGUUUAUAUUUUGGAAGAGGAGUCUUCAAGUACAACUACGAGUCUCAUUAAAGGCCAAGCAAAAAUGUUUCUGUAAGGGUUUAUGGAAACACUGUGAGGACCAAAUAAGGAUAAAUGUCCAAACCAGUGGAGAGACAAAAGAAGAUUCUCCUUUUUUCCUGACAUUAACUCAGUAGCUUUAUUGUAAAUGACUCUGAAGUCUACGACUGUGGAGAUAAUAUCAGGUGACAGAUAGACAGCUCCACAGAGGUGCGAGUGGAUGUAGAGGAAGCUGUUUCAGGUGUACCUGUGUAUAUCUCAGUCAGUGUUGGUUUAGUCUUGUUGACUGCUGGUGUAAUUACAAUCAUCUCCUGCCAAUUCAGGUCCAAAGGUUCAGAAACAAUGGCACAAUCUUCCACAGAGAUAUAUGAUUAUGAAACCGGCCAAUCAAAAAACUAUUCCAACCAAUCAGUCUUCAGGAACCCAAACAUCAUAACCAACCAAUCAGAAUCAGUCUAUGAGAUCCUGAACCCUAUAAGCAACCAACCAGAAUCAGUCUUCCAGAACCCAAACCCCAUAACUUACCAAUCACAAUCAGUCUACCAGAACCCAAACCCCAUAACCUACCAAUCAGAAUCAAUCUAUGAGAAAAUGAACCCCCAAACCAACCAAUCAGAAUCACUCUACCAGAAGACAAACCCUGAAACCAUUCAAUCAGAAUCAGUCUUCAAGAACCCAAACCCUAAGCCCAUCCAAUCGGAAUCAGUCUUCCAGAACCCAAAUGCCAUAACCAACCAAUCAGAAUCAGGCUUUCAGGACCCAAACCUCAUAACCAACCAAUCAGAAUCAGUCUAUGAGAUCCUGAACCCCAUAACCAUCCAAUCACAAUCAGUCUACCAGAACCCAAACCCCAUAACCUACCAAUCAGAAUCAAUCUAUGAGAAAAUGAACCCCCAAACCAACCAAUCAGAAUCAGUCUUCCAGAAGACAAACCCUGAACCCAUCCAAUCAGAAUCAGUCUUCAAGAACCCAAACCCUAAAAUCAUUCAAUCGGAAUCAAUCUUCCAGAACCCAAACGCCAUAACCAACCAAUCAGAAUCAGGCUUCCAGAACCCAAACCCCAUAACCUACCAAUCAGAAUCAAUCUAUGAGAAAAUGAACCCCCAAACUAACCAAUCAGAAUCACUCUACCAGAAGACAAACCCUGAAACCAUUCAAUCAGAAUCAGUCUUCAAGAACCCAAACCCUAAGCCCAUCCAAUCGGAAUCAGUCUUCCAGAACCCAAAUGCCAUAACCAACCAAUCAGAAUCAGGCUUUCAGAACCCAAACCUCAUAACCAACCAAUCAGAAUCAGUCUAUGAGAUCCUGAACCCCAUAACCAUCCAAUCACAAUCAGUCUACCAGAACCCAAACCCCAUAACCUACCAAUCAGAAUCAAUCUAUGAGAAAAUGAACCCCCAAACCAACCAAUCAGAAUCAGUCUUCCAGAAAACAAACCCUGAACCCAUCCAAUCAGAAUCAGUCUUCAAGAACCCAAACCCUAAAAUCAUUCAAUCGGAAUCAAUCUUCCAGAACCCAAACGCCAUAACCAACCAAUCAGAAUCAGGCUUCCAGAACCCAAACCCCAUAACCUACCAAUCAGAAUCAAUCUAUGAGAAAAUGAACCCCCAAACCAACCAAUCAGAAUCACUCUACCAGAAGACAAACCCUGAAACCAUUCAAUCAGAAUCAGUCUUCAAGAACCCAAACCCUAAGCCCAUCCAAUCAGAAUCAGUCUUCCAGAACCCAAAUGCCAUAACCAACCAAUCAGAAUCAGGCUUUCAGAACCCAAACCUCAUAACCAACCAAUCAGAAUCAGUCUAUGAGAUCCUGAACCCCAUAACCAUCCAAUCACAAUCAGUCUACCAGAACCCAAACCCCAUAACCUACCAAUCAGAAUCAAUCUAUGAGAAAAUGAACCCCCAAACCAACCAAUCAGAAUCACUCUACCAGAAGACAAACCCUGAAACCAUCCAAUCAGAAUCAGUCUUCAAGAAACCAAAUCCUAAGCCCAUCCAAUCGGAAUCAGUCUUCCAGAUCCCAAACACAAUAACCAACCAAUCAGAAUCAGUCUUCCAGAAGACAAACCCUGAACCCAUCCAAUCAGAAUCAGUCUUCAAGAACCCAAACCCUAAAAUCAUUCAAUCGGAAUCAAUCUUCCAGAACCCAAACCCCAUAACCAACCAAUCAGAAUCAGUCUUCCAGAAUCCAAAACCCAUAACCAACCAAUCAGAAUCAGUCUAUGAGAUCCUGAACCCCAUAACCAACCAAUCAGAAUCAGUCUUCCAGAACCCAAACCUCAUAACCAACCAAUCAGAAUCAGUCUAUGAGAAAAUGAUCCUCAAAACCAACCAAUUACAAUCAGUCUAUGAGAUCCUGGACCCCAUAACCAACCAAUCAGAAUCAGUCUUCCAGAACCCAAACCCCAUAACCUACCAAUCAGAAUCAAUCUAUGAGAAAAUGAAACCCCAAACCAACCAAUCAGAAUCACUCUACCAGAAGACCACUCUACCUGAAACCAUUCAAUCAGAAUCAGUCUUCAAGAACCCAAACCCUAAGCCCAUCCAAUCGGAAUCAGUCUUCCAGAACCCAAAUGCCAUAACCAACCAAUCAGAAUCAGUCUUCCAGAAGACAAACCCUGAACCCAUCCAAUCAGAAUCAGUCUAUGAGAAAAUGAUCCUCAAAAUCAACCAAUUACAAUCAGUCUAUGAGAUCCUGGACCCCAUAACCAACCAAUCAGAAUCAGUCAAUGAGAUCCUGAACCCCGUAACCAUCCAAUCAGAAUCAGUGUACCAGAACCCAAACCCCAUAACAAACCAAUCAGAAUCAGUCUAUGAGAAAAUGAUCCUCAAAACUAACCAGUUACAAUCAGUCUAUGAGAUCCUGGACCCCAUAACCAACCAAUCAGAAUCAGUCUUCCAGAAUUCAAACCCCAUAACCAACCAAUCAGAAUCAGUCAAUGAGAUCCUGAACCCCAUAACCAUCCAAUCAGAAUCAGUGUACCAGAACCCAAACCCCAUAACAAACCAAUCAGAAUCAGUCUAUGAGAACCUGAACCCCAUAACCAACCAAUCAGAAUCAGUCUUCCAGAACCCAAACCUCAUAACUAACCAAUCAGAAUCAGUCUAUGAGAACCUGAACCCCAUAAUCAACCAAUCAGAAUCAGUCUUCCAGAAUUCAAACCCCAUAACCAACCAAUCAGAAUCAGUCAAUGAGAUCCUGAACCCCAUAUCCAUCCAAUCAGAAUCAGUGUACCAGAACCCAAACCCCAUAACAAACCAAUCAGAAUCAGUCUAUGAGAACCUGAACCUCAUAACCAACCAAUCAGAAUCAGUCUUCCAGAACCCAAACCUCAUAACUAACCAAUCAGAAUCAGUCUAUGAGAACCUGAACCCCAUAAUCAACCAAUCAGAAGAAAGAAGAAGAAACCUUUAUUUGUCACAUGCACACUUCAAGCACAGUGAGAUUCAUCCUCUGCAUUUAACCCAUCUGAAGCAGUGAACACACACACACACACACACACACACACACACACACACACACACACACACACACACACACACACACACAGCAGUGGGCAGCCAUACUACAGCACCUAGGGAGCAGUCAGGGGUUAGGUACCUUGCUCAAGGGCACUUCAGCCCAGUUAACCUAACUGCAUGUCUUUUGAACUGUGGGGGAAACCGGAACACCCAGAGGAAAUCCACGCAGACACAGGGAGAACUCCACACAGAAAGGCCCCCGCCGGCCGCUGAGCUCGAACCUAGGACCUUCUCGCUGUGAGGUGAUAGUGCUAACCAUGCCACCCUCAGAAUCAGUCAAUGAGAACCUGAACCCCCAAAUCAACCAAUCAGAAUCACUCUACCCAAAUGCAACUACUCAGGAUGUGUUUAAGGUUCACCACCCAGAUGGACUGGUGUUCAUCCUAAAGUUAUCCAUAAUAAUCUUGGGAUUCUUUUUUGCAUGGUUGUUUUUUUGUUGUUGUUGUUUUGUUUUUUUAACCUCACUGGGAUUCACCUGACAAGCUUGUGUACAUGUAAGGUUUUUAUUCAUUAAUAUUAACAUUCAAAGGGCAGAGUGCUAAAAAAAAAAUGUAAUCGGAAGCAUGUGUAGUUUAUCCAAUACCUUUUUAUUACUUUGAAUGUCAUGACUUUUCCUGAAGAUAUUUUUAGUCUUUUAUGGUGUUUUUCUGUGAAUUGCUGGAGCCGACUCAUAUUUCCACUCAUUCUCUCAUGAGCACUAUUAAUAUUGCACAGCAUUUCUCUGCAGAUCGUUGCUUUCAUGUCUAAGUUUAUAUGAUAUUACAUAUUACCCUGCCUAUAUUUGUAGUUAAAUAUUCAAGUUUUAAUCACUUUUAUGAGUUGAACCUAACCCCAGAUAGACAAUAUAGUGUACAUAAUUAGUCUUAUAAUAUAUAAUGAUAGUGUAUAUAAUUGUCUUGUGACCCAUGUGAUUGUAUUU